AGAGUACCCGCCCCAGAAAAAAACAAGUAGAUUGUCAAGUAGUUAACUGAUGCUGGAUUACUGUUCUCGUCAUCAACUUUUGCCACGCACUACUCCUGUUUCAGAGAAAAAUGAUGAGAGCUGCGUGUUUCAUUCUGCUAUGUGCCCUAAUCUCAACAUCAUCUCAAGCAAGAUCAAGUAUCAAAACACCACUACCAAACCCUGAUUUUAAGAUCGACUCUGCUAAUCAUCAGAACGAAGGAACUUGUUCGUUCACUGUAAGGCUUGUAACAAGCUGUUCUUCCGUUUCGUAUACCAGAGAUCAAAUCAGUAUCUCCUUUGGCGAUGCCUACGGCAAUCAGGUUUAUGCACCCAGACUGGAUGAUCCAUCGACGAGGACGUUUGAGCGGUGUUCGGCCGAUACAUUCGAGGUAUACGGUCCGUGUACGAAUCAGAUAUGUUACGUGUACUUGUACAGAAGCGGUUACGACGGGUGGUUGCCGGAGAGAGUAGAGGUGUACGGGUACAAUACGAAGGCGGUUUCUUUUGAUUAUAACGAUUGGAUUCCGGCGGAGAUGUGGUAUGGGUUCGAUUACUGUUCGCCCUAUGCAGUUGAUGAUGUUGUUCGUUCGUCAAAAGCAGCAAUGAAGUGAUAAAUCAGGGGAAGUUGGCGGUGUAGAUUUUGAUCUUUUUCUUUCCACUUUGUGUUUUUUUGAUGAAUAAAACGAGGCGACUUGUAGAACCACUUGUUAUAGAUGAAUGGAUAAUGGCAUCUGUUCA